UGCUGUACAAUUUUAAAAAUGGAGAUUGUUCGUGUUUUAUGUGUAUGUUUAUUUUUCUUUAUGUAAAAAUGUAACCAGGAUGUAAUAUAUAAUCAUUAGAUUGUGAAGUAUUGUUCUGGUUAAAAUGCAAGGUCAGAUCGUUCUGUUAUUUGUAUUUUCGACCCAAGUUAUUGUGAGUGGUUCUGUACGUGGGUUGAUUUUAUGAAUUGGUGCUUAGAGGUGAACUGACGAUUUAUUCAAGGAACAAGUUAACGUGCUCAGUCGGCAAUAAAAUGUGAUGCACAUUUAUUAGCUCAGUAAAAUUAGAACUGUUAUUAAUUGUAUUACAAGUACAGGAAAUAAUUGAACUGUCUGGUUGAGGAGGACAGUCUGCAGUUUAGUUAUGUCAUCACCACCAUAUGCUGAAACAGAUUCCAAAGAGCAGGAGGUUCCUGAAAAGGCAAAGGCUGCUGUUCUUGUUGAGAGUGUCCCACUUCCGGAUGGAACACCAACUGUGAAAGGAUAUGAUUGGAACAAAGGAAUCAAUUAUAAGGCACUUCUUGAAACAUAUCGUUUCUCUGGAUUUCAAGCAACGAAUUUUGGCUUAGCAGUAGAAGAAGUGAAUAAAAUGCUGUCCUGUCGUGCCAAGCCAUUACCUGAAGACUUGGAAGAUGUGUUAGAGGAAGAUGAAUUUAUCCAACGAAAUAGCAGCUGCACAAUCUUCUUAGGCUUCACUUCUAACAUGGUUUCUGCUGGAGUUCGUGAUACUAUUCGCUUCCUUGUUCAGCAUCGCAUGGUAGACUGUAUUGUAACUACAGCAGGAGGUGUAGAAGAGGAUUUGAUAAAAUGUCUUGCACCAACAUACAUCGGUGAUUUCCAUUUGGAAGGUUGCAAAUUAAGAGAAAAAGGAAUUAACCGAAUUGGAAACUUACUCGUACCUAAUGAAAACUACUGCCUUUUUGAAGACUGGGUCAUGCCGCAUUUAGAUGCUAUGUUGAAGGAACAGAAAGAAAAGGGGACACUCUGGACUCCAUCAAAAAUCAUUGCCAGGUUAGGAGAAGAGAUUAAUGAUCCAAGUUCCAUUUAUUACUGGGCUGCAAAAAAUAAAAUUCCUGUGUUCAGUCCAGCCCUUACAGAUGGUAGUCUUGGAGAUAUGAUGUAUUUCCACUCAUAUCGCAACCCAGGACUGGUGCUUGACAUUAUUCAAGACCUUCGCCGUUUGAAUACAAUGGCAGUGAAAGCUGCACAUACAGGAAUGGUUAUAAUUGGUGGUGGAGUAAUAAAGCAUCACAUCUGUAAUGCAAAUCUAAUGAGAAAUGGAGCUGAUUAUGCAGUUUUCAUCAACACAGCAUCAGAGUUUGAUGGCAGUGAUAGUGGAGCCCGUCCAGAUGAGGCUGUGUCAUGGGGAAAGAUCAAGAAGGAUGCUUCCCCAGUGAAGAUAUAUGCUGAAGCAACUUUAGUAUUUCCUCUAUUAGUAGGAGAAACAUUUGCUAAGCGAUAUCAUGCUACAAAGGUGAAAGCUGAAUCAGAUGUAUAAGCUGUACAAUCCUUGAAUUUUAUUUAAAACUGUGUGUGCGCAUGUGUUGAGUCAGAACAUACAGAAAUAAAAUACAGUUGACUUGUAUUUGAACAAGGACUCAUUAAAGUUUGCAACGUUGUGUUUCUCAUGGAAACAGAUAAUAAA